AUGUACACGCGCAUCACCCGCCUUAUCGCAGCCAACUGCGCCCUCAACGGCAAAGUGCCCCUUCCUUGGAGCCGGACUUUGGAUGCGUCUUUGCACGUCUUGGACCUCUCCCACAAUCGCCUGGACGCGGUGAUUGCUGACUCUUGGCUGCCCAAGAUCCGCUUGGAUUUGAGCCACAAUGCCCAUCCACUGCGAGUGAGCGCAGAGGUCAUCCGCCGCGCAAUCAAGUCAGGGAUGGAGCUGUGGCUCACACGCACGGAGCUUGCGAAUCCAGACGAGGUCAUGGGCCUUUGGCAAACGGAGCUAGGUCCGCAAGAGGCUUGGACUCCAAGACCUUCUCAAGGCUUCGAGUGCCAAGACCUUUCCAAUCCCAAUCUGCGUGUUACUCCGGAGCUGUUCCUCCCGGAGCAGAUGUGUUCAUGCAGCCCCGGCUUCUUUGGAAAAGGCGCCGAUUGCCAGCAGUGCCCAAAUGGCACAUACAGCGCAGGGAGAAAUUCCUCCCAGUGCACCAAAUGCCCCGAGGGCAGCAGGUCAUCGGCCGGAUCCACAGCUGUGAGCCAGUGCGUUUGUCCUUUCGGCAGCCCGGAAGAAGCCUCCGAAGGAGCAAGUCGUUGCAGAUGUGAUGCCCAUCAAGCUCUCAUCUCCGAGCAGCGCUGCAUUCCCUGUAGCGAACUGCACUUGCUGUGCGAAACACCAGGCCACGUGGCGAAAGACGCACCGCUGGAGGAUGGUUUUUUGCGGUUGGAGGUGCCCUCGGAGGAGAUCUUCCAGUGCUUGGAUGUGAAGCAUUGCCAAAGUUCCAGCUGCAUAGCAGGACGUAGUGGUCCGUUGUGUGUCGAUUGCGCUGAGCAUUUCCGCGCCACGGGCGGCCUUUGCCUCGAAUGCAAAGAUGUUUCUGCACAGCAGACGUUGUGCAUCAUGCUGGGUAGCGCAAUAGCCUUGACCCUGCUGGCUGCUGCUGCAUGGCAUAUGAGGCAUCGAGUGCCAUCGCUCAGCCAAAGCAACAAGUGUCUUCUGCAACUUCUGCUGGAGCAGUUGGCAGCGCUUCUGCAGCUCACGCAGCUGUGGGCGGUUCUUGGACGUUUACGGCGCCCGAUCUCCUCCGGAACACAGACGGAGGAGCAAAGCUCGAGCGACCUAGUCCUUUCGUUGCUGGAAGUUCUUCAGUUCACCAGCACGGAAGUUCAAAACUUCCUGGCUUUGGAAUGUGUGUACGAUGGAGUUGCCGUACGAAGUCUUUUUGCACUUGCCACACCGCUGGUUCCGCUGCUGAUUCUGCUACUUUGCAGCUGUGCGGAGAUCUUCUCCCGUGGAUUGGGCAUCUGCGUGGGUCUCAAGAUCCUCACGGUGCUCUUCAUUGGCGGUGCUUCGGGCAGCGCGCAGCUGCUAGGUUGUCAGGAAGUCGAUGGUGCAGGCGUGCCUUUAAAGCACUUCGCCUUCCGGCCACUCUUUCCACAGCAGCGGUGUUCAGAAGCGCCAUGGGUGGACAGGAUUGGCUGGACCACUGCAUUUUGCUACGGUGUUUUGAUCCUUUGCUUCCUGGGAUUUCUAUUUGCGAAGCAAAACGUGGUCAUGCGAAGAGUCAAGGCGGCCAUGGUCUACACCACCUGCAAUGCGGGAAAGGUCGUAGUGCACAUGCAAGGGCUCACCACGGAGCAAUCCUCGAAGGACUGGGAUGCCAUGUUGGCCAAACGCCUGGUUUGUGGGGCAGCAGCGUAUGUUGCAGUGCGUGUGAAGGGCCAAGCAGUGGUGGAACUGCAGGAGGCAAAAAAUGCAGUGAUGAUUGUGACUCCCAUAGCUAAAGACGUGGUGGGAACUUCUGAAAGCUUGGGAGAAGUCGAGAGCUUGGUCUUCGGUUCUGACACGGAGGAACUGGAGGCCUUGCAGUGGCACUUCAUGGCGCAGAUGCUCAUGGAGCGAAGCAUUCUGGAGCAGAAGGAAGAUAGAGUGAUGCUGGGUGCGAAGCAGCUCUUCUGCAAGUAUGCGAAGUGCGAAAAUGUUUGGAUGGAAGUUUGCAUCAAGGUGAUGGCAGCUGCCCUGGUCUCUGUGGUCGCUGUGAACAAUCUGUGGCUUUCCGUGGCCAUCACCCUGGGCAUGGCGCUGGUCAUUGGCCUCACUCGGCCCUUCGUGCAGCCGCAGUUGAAUGUCCUGCAGACCGCAUGCUUCGCCUGCUUAGCUGUGGCGGCGGUGGGAUUUCGGCACCACGUGGCUUUGGCACGCCUGGCGCUGGCCGUUCCCUUCGGUCUGUUGCUGGUGCAGCUGCGACACCCGGACUCGCCCGAGAUGUUGGCGCUCAGGUUGCAGCAGGACCGUUGGAGGCUAAGAUCCACGAGGGUCCCGUGGAAGUCAGUGCCGAACAAUGUGCUUAGAUGGCCCAUGAGGAUCGGACUUGGAACUGUCGCCGUGUGA